AUGUUCGUUAGUCUUGUUCAAAGCUCGACUUUGAUCUUGCUUAUUCAGAGCCAUUAUUCUCAACAUUACUUUCUCGUUCCUUUUCUCCACACCCGUUCUGACUCGCUACAGCUGCAAGAUGCAAUUCGUCAGACUCUCUACUUUGAACCAAUCAUCGAGGUGAGCGUCCCGUUCCUAGGCCGUUACUUCUCGGAUGAUUCCCUAGCUCCCGACAGCGGGCAGGGUUCUCCAGGCCUUCUUCGAGGUCGUGGUCAUCAUGAUGUACGCAUGCGGCGCCAGAACAGCGUCGGUAGCGACAUCCGCGUAUUCGCUGGGACGCGUCUCCGGAGAGAAUUGCCGGUCGUAUGUUUCAAGUCUGCUACUGGGACUGAGUCUGUGGGCGUGGGGCAGAGAUAUAAGGCUGGACUAUCAGAUGUAGUAAGCCGGAUGCACAUCAUACUGUGUUAUUGGUGGAGAAAGACGGCGUAA